UUGAGCUGGCUCCUUCCCCCCAUGUCCCUGCACACACACAGGGGCGGGUGGUGCGGGCGGGAGCGGGAGGCAGGGCUCAGCCCCGGUGGCGGCGGCGGGGCUUCCCCUACUCGCUGCCUGCCCGCCGCCGUGCCGGAGCCGCUGCUUCUGCUGGGCUGCUGCCUGCGGCCGCAGGACCCGGCCGAGCCGGGCCGAGGGGAGCGCGGGCGGCUGCUGGCGGCGGCCGAGAUGAUGGCGGAGGGCGGCGGCGGGCCGGCGCGCAGGAAGGCGCUGUCGCUGCUGGAGGCGGCCCGAUCCCGCUACGAGAGCCUGCAGAUCUCCGACGAUGUCUUCGGGGAGUCGGGCCAGGACAGCAGCGGGAACCCCUUCUACAGCACCUCGGCCGACUCCCGCUCCGCCGCCUCUUCCCAGGACGAGGACGACGACGAGGAAGACCAGGGGCGGCCGGGGGUGCCGAGCCCGCGGGGCAGGGCGGCCCGGCGCCGCGCUCCCCGGGCCAAGGGCGCUGAAUGGGGCCGCGUAGCUCAGAGCCGGGCCCAUUGGGGAGGGGGCGNCGCCGUCCCGGGCGGCCCCGGCCCUAUGGAAGAGGAGGAGGAGGAGGAGGAAGCGGAGAAGGGGGGCUGGACCCGGUCGCUGCGAGACGUCCCACCCCCUCAUUUCAAGGAUGGCAGCGGUCCAACACGGAAAAUGCCCCUGACUGCCAGUGCCAUGGACUUCUUUCAGCUCUUUGUCCCUGACAAUGUACUAAAGAAUAUGGUGGUCCAAACCAACAUGUAUGCCAAGAAAUACCAGGAGAGGUUUGGUAGCGAUGAUGCCUGGAUUGAUGUCACCUUGACAGAAAUGAAGGCCUUCUUAGGCUACAUGAUAUCAACCAGCAUCCACCACUGUGAGUCUGUUCUCAGCAUCUGGAGCAGCGGCUUCUACAGCAACAAGAGCAUUGCACUUAUCAUGACACAAUCGAGGUUUGAGAAGAUUCUGAAGUACUUCCACGUUGUGGCCUUCCGCUCGAGCCAGACAACACAUAGCCUCUACAAAAUCCAGCCUUUUCUGGACUCUCUGCAGAAUGGCUUUGACUCUGCUUUCAGACCUUCGCAAGCCCAGGUACUACAUGAGCCCCUGAUCGAUGAGGAUCCUGUUUUCAUUGCUACCUGUACAGAGAGGGAGCUGCGCAAGAGGAAAAAGAGGAAAUUCAGUCUUUGGGUUCGGCAGUGCUCAUCCACUGGUUUCAUCUGCCAGAUUUACGUCCAUCUCAAAGAAGGGAGCGGUGCUGAUGGGUUGGAUGCUUUGAAGAACAAACCACAGCUUCACAGUAUGGUGGCCAAAAGUCUUUGUCAAAAUGCCUCUGGGAAGAAUUACAUCAUCUUUACAGGCCCAAGCAUUACCAGCCUGAAUCUCUUCGAAGAAUUUGAGAAGCAAGAGAUUUACUGCUGUGGGUUGCUGAGCACCAGGAAGAGCGACUGCACAGGCCUACCUCCAUCCAUGCUGAACAAUUCUGCAACUCCACAGUCCAGAGGACAGUACAGAAUAAGAAUGAAGGGAAACAUGUCAUUGAUUUGCUGGUACAAUAAAGGGCACUUUCGUUUUCUGACCAACGCCUAUUCUCCAGUUCAACAAGGAGUUAUAAUUAAGAGAAAAAGCGGAGAAAUUCCAUGCCCGCUGGCAGUUGAAGCCUUUGCUGCUCACCUUAGCUAUAUCUGCAAAUAUGAUGAUAAAUACAGCAAGUAUUUCAUUUCUCACAAACCAAACAAGACCUGGCAACAAGUGUUCUGGUUUGCCAUCAGCAUCGCUAUAAAUAAUGCCUACAUCCUCUACAAAAUGUCAGAGGCCUACCAUGUGACAAGGUACAGCCGGGCACAGUUUGGUGAAAGACUUGUAAAGGAGCUUCUGGGCUUGGAGGACACCUCACCCACCCAUUGAUGCUUUGCUCUUGGUGGCGUAGGCAGGGGCUGGAGGGAAAGCAGAAGAUACCACACCUGGAGUGGCAAAGCAAGGAACUUGUGACACCACCAGUGCUGUCAUCCAAAAAUGCCAAGUGAUGCCACUAGAGAGGUGCAAACUGUGCUCCUAGUAUCAGCUGGAUGUAAACAUGUCAUGCAGAAGGUGGCACUGGAAAAGCUGACACAAAAUGCAUAUGUGAAUGCCCUGUGGGAAUCUGUACACCCAAAACAGACUUAAAUUAGCCAUCAUCUCAAUGCUAUUUGUUGAACAGGGUCAUCUUGUAAAGUUCCUCUUGGGCCAAGAGCUUGUCAGAAGCUGGCACAGCUCAGCAGUCCUAGACAGGUAUUACAGGAAACUCUGCCCUUCCUUGGAGGUACUAAAUUGCGGGACAAGCCCCGUGAGGCUGCAGUGUGGGCUGUGGCUGAGCGCGGCUGCCGUCCCGCGAGGCGUCACUGCCGUCCUCCGCUGGGACAGGCGGAGCAGCCCAGCACAGGAGCACUGCAGCAGGCAUCUUGACAAACACCACCUUCACAGGCAGGCAGCCAGGACCUGAAGACCAGUCGUGACUUUUUCUUUCUGUGUUGUUUUUUUUCCCCCCUUGUUUUGUUAAUGUAACAUAAGACAAUUUGAUCCCAGUUAGAACACAGGAAAAUUAGGAGAAACCAAUUACAUCCGUGAAUUUAAAAUGACAAAUACAUUACACUGCUUUUCUUUUUUAACCAGGAUGAAAUGUUUUAUACAUAAACAGUGUUUAAUACUGUAAGUAUUAGCAGUGAGUAAACCAGUAAGUAAUACUGCCUCACGUCUUAACUGCCACGGUCAGUGUACAGGUGAGAAAUCAAAAUAUAUCAACUAUAUUUUUUCUUGAUUUCAACUGUAUCUUAAAUGUUGCUUAAAUAGCUAAUGUAAUGGACUGUUAAAGUUUUAAGAACAGCAAUUUCUUGCUUUUUCUUUGGUAACUGUCAAGACCUUUUUGGUCCACUUUAGAAUUUUGUUUGGCACACAGUUGGCAGAGGAAAAAAAAAGUCACUAAUAGCCAAGUGUUUCCCAUUAUCACUGUGGGGUGUUCUGUAGGAAUUCUUUUUGGUAGAGUUCAGGGCUUGUCACAGUAGUUGUAAUUAAGCAGAUUACAUGUUUAGCAAAAUAACGUAGCAUUGUGUCUUAGAGAAGGAAAGAAGUCCAGUUGCAACCAACCUUAAACCUUGUUUAAACAACAGAGCAAGCUCAAAGAGUUCUUCUGUUCUCAGUGACACUGUAGAGGACAAGCAUCAUCGUGAGCUGGUGGCCAAGGCCAUGUUUUGGUGCUUGUGGAAUUUGGAAGUCACUGGAGUUUCAGAAAGCAAUGCCAAGAGAGAGGUAUGAUUGAAACCAGGGAAUCAAUACUGACGGGAAGUACUACCCUGCCCUCUACACUUUAUUGAUUUCAGUCCACAACUCAUCAAAAAACUCCAUAUUCUGAAGGUUAGCAAUGAUGAAUUGCAUUAAUUUACAGGGCAAAAACCAUGUUGAUUAGAGGACCCCAAGCCUGAAAAGUUUGACUCCCAAAGAAUGACUCGAGUUGAUUCAAGAGGAAUGGAGUGAAUGAUUGAUUUAUCAGUGUAAAUCUUACCAGGUUACAUGUAUCUGUCUGGCAAGAGGCAAUAGAGGGUAACCAACAUAGAUGUGGAAACUCCUCAGAUUUCAUCGUUCUGUGACGUGCAAAUGCACAGCAUGUAAAUAAUAACAGAGGAAGAAUCCAGCAGGGGUUAGUAAAUGAAUGACUAGCCCAUGGAGUAUCCUUGCACUGACACCUUUCUGUUUCCACCAAAGUCUUACUGUUUGGCAUAGGCCUAGAGGCAGAUCUCACCUGGUUGCAAGGAGAGAAGGGGAUGGCCAACUCCAUGGUGGUUCUGCUCGUGCUACAGCUAGGAGCUUGUCCCACACAUCCUGCUCUGCCUGCCAGCUGCACAAUGAACAGCAGAGGCAUUCCUGAGCCUCCUUUUCACUUCUCAGUCCACGAGGUCUCCAACCAGGAAACAUGAGAGAAAGGACUUUGUGCACUGAGACCUCCACAAAAGAAGGGGGUGGGUUGGUACCACUCUAGCCCUUGACAGUGCCAAGCUGCACAGAAACCCAAGGAUGAGUUCAAAAUUUCUUGGCCCUGCAGAGAAUGGAGACCACCCCUCUUCAGACUGAGUGUGUUUGAUAGCUGGUUCUUGUCAGUCUUCUAAGUAUUCAAAGGCAGAAAGAAGCUAGCCUGAAGCAUGAAAAAUAAAUGUUCAGCAAUAUAAACCUACAGUUUCCUUUUUUUCAGGAAAUUACAGAGUGUGUUCUUAUUGCUCCCUGCUUCAGACAAAGCCAGCCUAUAUUGGAUCAGGAAGUGUAGCUACUAGCUCAUUACAUCCCAUAAAUUUAUAUGGUAGUUAAAACUAGGGCAGUAAGGAAAAGUUUUGCUGAAACUUUGCUGAUGGGAUGGCUUAAACGAACAGUAGCUGCUUCCUUACACUCCCAUGCCGUGCUGGGGUAUGUGCAGGAUACCCUUGCUCCCAGCAGACAUGGGAUAGUUUCCAAGACCACCUUGGAGCCACUUGGCAUUUCUGAGGAGUAGGCAGACCACUCUCCAGCUAUGUUGUAGGCCCCUGGGAUAAAUCUGGAGCCCUUGGCCAAUUGUUACAUAACUAUGUAUGCUUAAAGGCCUGGAUCUAGGCCAUCCCAUACACAAAAUGCCUUUUCUUUUUUAGGUGACAGUAGGCCUGAGGCCUUGGAAUAUUUAACUUUUCACCAAUGUAUGCAGUUAAUUAUGUGGAUUACUUGAGCUCAAAUCAUGAGAUCCUAGCUUUUUGCCUCAGGGACUGGGUCCUGAGUAGUUUUCCCUAGAAUUGGUGUUGACGGGGGAUUACACAGUGGCUGACUAUUACAGGGAAGAUGCUUUAGUCUCCUUUGUAAAGGAGAAAAAUGAAGACAAAAUUAUAGCUUUGCAAUGAAUUUCAUUUUCUUAGCCUUAACUAUCCCUCAUCAUUUUGAACUGUUGUUCUUAUCAUGCACAAACAUUCCAUAAGUAAGCAAAAAUAUUUAUAUAUAUUUGUAUGUACAAAAAUGCCUGGAUUUUGGCUCUCGAAGCCGACAAGCAAAAGCCACCAAAGUCUAGUCUAUAUCUACAGAUGACUCUUCCCCUUCAUCUUUUCCUUUUAUUGACUGGAAGUGAGUGGAUAGGGCUGGGGAAAGUUAAGAUUUCUCCUUGCUGAAAAAGCAUCUUGCACUUUUUCUGUUACAACAACCAAGGCAAAGGAAUUAAAGAAGAUACAGGAUAAUUUUUAAAAGGCUUUAAAAGUUUGUCAAUUGCAGUUCAGCCUGUGUAGGAUUAUUUCCUUUACUGCAAACUGGCUUACUCAGAUUUGGUUCCCCAACUGCUUGUAACAUUAAAGCUUCUCUGUAAUUAAAGGGGAGGAAAAAAGUCUCAAAGUAGUGCAAGGAUGCUCGUUAUAGUGUGUGUGUGUCUAAUUGUGCAAUAGCUUGUGAAAUGAUAGUUUGGGUUGUUUGUAGCCUUAAGACAAUCUGGGUAAGAGAUCUGAGAACUCAGCAGUAGGUAAAAUGCAGUCGAAAUGCUGACCAGGUCACAGAGCAAUGUCUCUAAACUUUUUCA